AUGGUUUACCGAGGCCCAUCCAAGGGCUGUGAGACAUGCAAACGACGGAGAAAGAAGUGCGACGAAACUCGACCAUCAUGCUUGCGAUGUGCAAAUGCGAAUCGUACAUGUGGGGGUUAUGAGCGCAGCUCUCGAGAGGUUCAAAUACGCCAAUACCACGGCGAGGAUGUCCCCGGUGAGAAACAACAUGUCCCGUUUUACAAACAGGGGUCUAUAGCGAGAAAGUGCAGCUUGCCUGUGAGAGAACCACUACCAGGAACGAACAUUCUUCCCCCGGACACUACCCCCAAGGAAGUGAAUAUUGAACAAUCCGAUGAUUACGCUCUUGGUGCAUUCUUCUAUGACUACUGUAUCGCUUCGUCCAAUAACAAGAUAUCUCCUGGAUUUCUCAGCCGACUCGAACAGAUGUUCUACAGCGCCAAGUCACAUUCCAUGCUAAAGAAAGCAUGCGAAGCAGUGGCAUAUGCCAGCAAUGGCCGCAAGCUUAAUCGGCCUCACUUGAAACGCCGUGGAAUGGAGCUUUACCAUAAUGUGCUAUCCUGGUUUGCCGUUGCUAUUCAUGAUUCGGAGCCAACGAAGACUCCGGAGUAUUUGGCCGUGACGACACUGCUAGGUCUUUACGAGAUCAUAACCGGCGAGGAGGCACAUUUUGGUCACACCAAUGCACAUGCAGGUGGCAUUGCUGCUAUGCUCGGAAUACGAAAGUCGCCACUUUACCUCCUAGAGGCGAUGCGGCAUGGCCACCAUUUACUCGCAAAUAUGGGAGCACAGUCCACAAUGACCUUAUUCCCUACAUUAGGAUUAAGGAGGUCCGAUCGAAGCUUAGAUGAUCUUCUGCUUUCACUCGGUGUACUCUACAAGCACGGCACUGCUGCCCUCGAAAAUUACUCGGGCGCAUCCCCAGAUGCAAUAUUGAACAUGAGAAAUGACGCGCUAGCUCUUGAUGAAGCAUUCGUUGCGUGGGAAAUGACACAAGACAAAGAUUUUCAUCCCAAUACAGUUUUCCAUAUUAAGACCAGCGGAAAUAGCUCGCAUUAUCCCGUUGGACUUUGGCCUGGCAAAGUGGACACUUAUCUCGACCACUACAUUGCUGGUGUUUGGAAUCUCUACCGCGCAAGCCGUUUGUCUCUAUUAGAUCUGAUUCUGCAGUUGUCCGAUGCGCUGAAUGAUGGAAGAAGUCUCGAAGGAGAGCAUGUCGUUGCCGAUUUCCUUGUCGAAGGCAUGCUCUCGUCAAUUCCAUUUCACUUAGCAGAGGAUAUACAUGCUUUAUCCAGUGGGUUCAAAACUGCAAGAUGCAUACCAAGUCCAGGACGAGCGAGUGGUGGACUGCUUCUUAUGCACUCAAUAUUUGCCACUUCAAAUCUGGUGAUUGUGGACGAGCGCGUACGAGAGAGAACAUAUGGGGAUUGGACAAGCCUCGAUAUUCGCGAGAUCUUCGCGUGA